UUGCACGUCGAGUAGCUGGUGUGAACAAUGAUGAAGAGAAAAGCAAAACACUUGAAGAUAGGGUUAGCAUGUUUUUGGCAAAAAACCUUCGAAAUCAAGAUUAUAUAGUUCAGAUAGAUGGCCUUGCUCAUCCAUCACAUAUGGAACUAGAUCGUGACCCUGAUGUUAACGGUACUACGCCACCGACUGACGAAUCAUAUUCCACUAAAAUUACGAGUGGCACCGGUCAUUUUUCAGGCGAAAUUGAGAUUCUUGUUGAAACUGUCGACCAGUGGAUUGCUAACGCAAAAGAAGAUAAUCCUGCAAGAUGGCUGAAAUUAUCAGCAUUUUCAGAGAGAUAUAUAUAUGGUAAGUAA